CGAAUAUUUGCUUUUAAUCAUGAUUGCAAAACAAAAGUCGAGUAUCAUUUUUAUUAUUCAUCGAGAAUAUUCAAUAAUAUGCUACAUGAUGGUUCCAAGUUUACAUGAUCUAUUGUUGUACUUGAUAGUCUAACUGAUUAUUUGCUGUGGCGUAUAAGGCUUGCUACUUUUAGAAUCAAUUUUCAAAUUCUACAGUUCAACACCAAUGAAAGUUCAAUAGUUCAAAAGGCAAUAGAAUUCCGGGAAUGGCAACUCUAUCACAGUACACACUUUACCUGUGUCUAGUGGGCAUGGGAGGCUCAGCUUUGUGGAAGGAGAUAGCGGGACCUUAUGAUGUCGCAUUAAAACAUGUGACUAAUUGUGAUAGAAGAGGAUCAGUAAGUUUUUUUGAGCUCAUGAAAGUAAGGAAGUUAAAUAGAACACAUUUCGUCUGCAAUGGUCUUCUCACAAUAGCAGUUGAUCUGGAUGACGAUGCAAAACUCAGAGGCGUGGCAGCUAUCAAAGGCACAAAUGGUCGGUAUAAUAAUGUAAUUGAUGUUGAAUUAAAGGCCUGUGAUUUCAUAUUAAAAUUCGGCAAGAACAUUGUAGAGAGCCUAAUUGAAAAUUGCGACUCAACAUACGUUUGCCCAAUGAAGAGGAACACUUGUGAAUUAAAAAACUGGACUAUCAGCCAUGAUUUCAUCGACAUACCUGCCCUUCCAUAUGGCGAGUACAGACUCGAUUUGUCACUUCUCGAAGUUCUUCAAGACAACAAGAAGCAGCUGAUAUCCUGUGUCCGAUUCUAUGGCACGAUUACUCCAAAAAACCUCAAUAAAUUGAAAAAGGCAUGAGCAAUACAAUAUUAUAAUUAUUGAUGUCUGUUGUAGAGUUAUAUUAUAUUGUGGUAUAGCAA